CUCUUCCACCCCCCUGUUUUCCCUCCCCUGGGUGCACCGAGCCGCCACUUAGAGCAGGCUGACCGCACCUUCCCCCUACAUCACCCUCCCCCCCAUACGUGGCCUGGCGGACAUCUUUCCUAGCCGAUCGCAUCAGUGUGAUGAAUAAUUAACUAAAAUCCGAUAAUUAACUUAUUAAUCAGCGAGUUCUAGGAGAAACUGAGCUGGUAGGAUGAAGGACCGCCGGCGAGGAAUGUUAGACGCGCAAACGGCAUAUCUGAAGCUCUGAUAGAUUUUUAAUAAAAAAAUCGGCGGCAUCUAAAAAACAGACACCCUGUAUGAAUUAGCCACGCAUUAGGCUGAUUUAUAGAGACUGCACGCAGUUAUUUACGUGACAACUAAGUUUAGCUGCGUUGGUGCAUACGUACAAUCGAACAAACCGUUCCAAACCACUUUAACGUUCCAGACAACUUUGUGUAGUUGCCGACUGCCCGCCUCUCAAGGCAUACACCACGAUUUUAUGCUACGUUCACACUACAUCAUGGAAAGCCGCAAAAGCGGGGAACCCAUUCACCGCUUUUACGGCAUUCGCGACCCUCGCGUUCACGCUGUGUUCCGAACGCCGGGAAUGCCGGCGCUAUGGCACCACCGUGCUCCACUACAAAAACUGAUCCGUGUCAUUCUUCGUACUGUACUCAAGGUCGACACGUGUAAUACGUAAAAUGUCGUUGUGAUACAUCAGAAUAACAAUUGUUAAAUACGUAUUUAUUGCGUUUAGUACAGCAACCUGUAAAGCGAUACAUGCUUCGACGAGCAGAGGAAGUGCAUCUACACGUGUCUCAACACAGUCGACACACUUACUCCCUCGUCUUCUUUUAGCAGCUGCUAUGGUGCGGUCUUCAUAUCUACGUUUCCGCUCCUCUUGCGUUUCCUGUCGAAACAACAUUUAGCGCUACCCUAGAGCCUUAAUUAUAAUUUCGUAGACCAGGGUACGCAUCCGCCAUGAUUGUUCUCUACGCUGCUGUUCUCCCGCCCCAGCAUUCUCGCUCGCAGAGCGUGCUGAUUGGUCCAGACUCGCGUCUUUCCCGGCACUCCCGUCAAAAGUAGAAGCAAUGUCUACUCUCGCGCUGCGGCUUUCGGCACCUCCAUGGCGUCCGCUGGAUUCACGGAUUGCUGUGUGAACGUGACAAGUUCACCGGCAUCUCCGUCGUUCGCGACAUUCGGGGCGUUCACUGACGUCAUGUGAACUUAGCAUUACUCCGGAGUGACAGUAUAAUCAACAUUGUUUUAUGUGGGCGCCAACAACAAUCGCUGUGAGUCAUCGAUGUCCCACUGUGCAAGCCACCUUGAGGUGCCACCUGCACGUUAUGGAGUGGGCUUAUUACAAUGCAUAUUAAGGGUCAGGUAAUGAGUUACUGGUUUAAUCGCCUACGUAUCUGGAAGUCGUUGCGCCACGCAAUCAGUCAGUCGGGAUUUCAUCGUUAAAUCAGUUGUGAUCCUUUCUGAUUAUUCUAUGAUAGUACACGUAUAAUACCACGCCGGCGGCCCAAUCGACACUCGUCUCUUCGUUCCCGUCCAGACGUAACGCGUUAACGUAAAGUCGCGAUGAAUAUCUUCAGUUACGUGUAUCAUUAUGUGGGGUACUUCAUUGUGACACAUAUGUUUCAUGAGCACGGCCCGCCAACAAGUUUCAAUUACCCUGAGAGCUUUCCGGAACUACAAAACUACCAGGACGCUUGGGCUUUCCUGAACAACACAGUGCGCAUGGCGCUUCUCUACCGGACGUUCAAAGCAGAUGAGAAGUACCCAACCACAUGCGUGUGGAUGAAGCGACUGCAAGUCAAUGAGAGUGAGAAAACGUUUUUGGGAGAAGUUUCCCUCUGCUACAAUCAGACAUGGCGGAGCAUGAACCUUACCCUUAAGGCCAUGACAUUGGAGGGCUACAACGUUUCGACAUUCUUCAGUGUGGGGCUUACAGCACGUCGCGGAGUAGGUAGAGAAUAUCUUCCAGUGGUGUACCAGGUACCCGGGAAAUGUAUUAUCGUCAGGCAACCCUCCCAUGAUACCGAAAUGGAAUAUGCGUGCGAUCUGUGGGUGUCUCUAGGCACACUUAAAAAGAACAACAACACUGCGCCGAAGGGAUGCGUCAUUAUGUACGAUUACUUAUGUGAAACAACAAAGCACAAGAUGUUCGGAGAGGAUUGUAUCGAUAAGUUGAAAGAAAGUGGUGAAAUAACGAGCUCAACGAAGCCAACAGAAGCAGCCACGGCUGCAUCUUGCUAAGGUGGAGACCAGGAUGACCAAUGUUUAUUUCGGAUGAAUCUGCGCUUCAGUCGCGAGCGAGGCAUUUAAAAAUAUUCAACUAUUGUCAUAAAAAUUCCUUUAGUUCAUCUCGACAACCUGUAUGUGGAUAUGUAUCUGUGCACGAGGCCCUUAUUAGGAUUUGCGAAUGAAUUUUUCGAGCUUUUGAAUUCAGAAUGUUCGUGUAGCAAACCGCUGCACCAGGUCACUGCAGCCGAGAUGAGUAAAGUACCAUCUAUCUGCAAAUACAAGCCUUGUACCUUUUUUGUACUCUUUUUGCAAUCUUACUUUUCUACUCUUCUAUCAUCAGCGACUGGAACUGUGUUCUUCACACUUUUCUUUGCUCUCUCACUGCACAUCUCUUUGCACUUGCAUUUCUUUUCCCUGACCACAGCACGCUUUCAUAGCUUUCAAGCUCGCUGGGGUCAUCCUAGUUUUUUCGUCAUAACCAAGAGGCUUCUGCGUGUAUUUUGUUCUGGCACCUAAUGCAACAGUUAGCACUUGGCGAAUCCUUUGCUGUGCUCCCGUGUGUCUGUAGCGCAUUGUGAAAUCCGUAUAGAGAGACUGAUCACAAAACUACACUCCCUGACUGCUGGAACGAGGUAUAUGCUAAAGGAGAUAUAGGAUUUAGAUUAAAGGUUAAAAGUUAUAUUUAUUAUCGGCAUGCUCAACGCGCGUCUUUCAGCUUCACCGAAGUAUGUCCAUCUAGCGCAAAAUAUCAGACACUUAUAUCGUGUUCCCUGUACGGCUUUCAUUCCAGACGGUGAAAAAAAAAUAUAUUAAACCAACUAUAGCCUCAUAUAAAUGUAACUCGUGUUUUCUAGGGGGCUAUCAAAAAUUAUCAUAUCGAUAUUUAUUUAUUUUUUGUUUGUUUACAGAACACUCCCACAUCACAAGCUCACAGUUCUCUUUUUGACAAGAUAGGUCCACAUGGCUAGCGUUACUCACGCAGUGGAAAAUAAUCCUUCGUAACUUCCAAACAAAUUACUGACACUUGGCCAUUUUGGGAACUUCAGCAAAGCUUUUGAUUUACUCAACCAUAGCGUAGUCUUAAGUAAGAUUUCCUGUUGCGUUAUACGAGGUAUACCAUUGCAUUAGCGUUAUCUUAUAGAUAGAGUGAAAACCAUAUGUGUGCAUAUUUGGUGCAUAUGUCCUGGGAUUACCAUGCACAAUUCUUACGUAACACGUUAUCUCAUGUCGCAGGACUGAUGUUUUGUUUCCAACUUACGUUACAAAAAUCUGUCAAGUUCAUGGUCUAUAGUAGUAUCUUCUAUUCACACUUGUGCUAUUGCAAUUUAGUUUGGGAUAGUACAAGUGCUACACUAACCUCAAUACACAAAAAAAGUUAUUCCUUCCGGUAGUUAAAGAAGUUAUUCCCCACCUUGGCAGCGACUUUCUUCUCCUAAAGAAAUUACGUUAUACGAGUGACAUGUUUAUUUCGUAUGUCGCAAUCUGAAUCAAAGUAGGCAUACCACAUCAUCUGGCAAGUGGAAUACCCCGAUAUUCUUAACUGAAUACAGAACGCAAAUUUUGCCUUACUAUGUUACACGCAUUUUGAAUAGCUAUCUUUAAAAUGAGUUAUCAUUAUG